AGUGAACCCUCAGCGUCCUCGUUCAAGCUUCACCAUGGAUCCUCUGAGCAUGGUUCGUCAGUACAAUGUCAAUAAUAAGGAGAUUAUUGCGGAAGGAGACAACAUAAUCUUUGGAGAGUUCUCAUGGCCGAAGACAGUGAAGACUAAUUACAUGGUUUUUGGUUCUGGCAAGGAUGGAGCUCCCAAAAAUUACUAUACAUUGGAAUGUCUACUCUUCCUCCUCAAGCAUGUCAGCCUUACACAUCCUUCAUAUGUGCGGAGAGCUGCUGCUGCGAAUAUGCCUAUGGUACGUCGUCCAGAUCGUAAAGAACUUUUGGCAUACCUCAAUGGGAAGACUUCAACAGCCACAGCCAUUGACAAAUCUGCACCUUUGGAAAUUCCCUCACAGGUAAAGCGAACAGUGGAGGAUACAUCAGACAGCGCUGCUAAGAAGCCACGUUACGAUGACAGUGAUGUACAGAAUUAAAGAAUGAAAGUCAUCCAUUGUCAGCAACAUUGAUAGAUGCAAUAAUGAUUAAAUACUGUAUAACAUUGUGGAGAGAGUGUGAAAAUUAUAAUGCAUGUUAUUAAAUGAGAGAGAAUGAGUUGAUUUGGGAUAAUAAAAUAGUAUCAGGCAGUUUAUUAUUUCUUUAUAUUAGUUAUGUAAAUUAAUUCUGAAGAAAAAUUAUUGCAUUUCUUUGAUUUUGUGUUAAAUUUGAUAAUUAACCUUUGAUUUAUUGUGUUAAAUUUUGUGGUUACAUCGAUUUACUGCAUUAAGUUUCAGUUACUUGGAUUUAUUGUGCAUAACUAUUAGUGAAAGAGCAGCACAUAGUUUUCUGUAUUAUUAAAUUACUAUUAUCCUGCCUAUUAUCCCUCACUAGCAGAUGACUUGUUUGUGAUUUACUUGGACUUACUUCUUAGGUUAAUGUAAAAACUUAGCUUAUGAACAUCUUUAGAAAUUGUAUUGGAAGAAAAUAUGAUGUGAACCUUAAGGCGUAUAAAGGCUUUUAGGGUUUAUAGAAACCACACUGUUGUAUGCCUGGUCAAACCUAAAAUUAAAAACUGAUUCUGUGUAAUAAAGUACGACAGUACAUAAAGAUUGGCUUAUUUGAUUAUGGUAGAAAAAGUCAGCCAUCAACUCACCUCUAUCGUGACCUUUAAGUUAAUUCAUCUCAGUUAAUUCACAGUACUGUACCAUCUAAUUAUCCAUCAUACUGUACACAGUAUUUGUUCCUCAUGGUAGAAGGUAAUAAAGUUUUUAUAUAUGAGAAUUGGAAAGGUUUCUGGUAAUUGAAGGAAUUUUAGUUGUUGGAGAGGUGAUAUGUGUGUGUGUGUAAACAUGAAAAAAUAUUCUACUGGUGUUUUAAGUGUACGGACAUGUAGAAGAGCAGAAUAUCAUAAUUUUGUAAAGGGUAAAGAUGUGUACAUUAUACAAUACACACAUUGAAUGAAAUACUGAAAAGAGGUUUGUUUAUUGUUGAAAAAUAAUAAGAUUGUAACAAUUAUUUUGUGAGGAUUGAUUGGAGAACAUACCCUUUCAUGGUUAUUUUCUACUUGACAGAAAGGUCAUAUUUACUAGUUCUGGGAUGUUAUAUUUAUAGUUAUUAUAUUUUCUUUCAAUUUCUUUUUUAGAGAGAUAACACUUUCAUUGUAAAUUUUUAUUUUGUAGAUUAUAUUUUAUUUGUUAGAAUACAGUACUUGUUUUCUAUAUGACAUCAGAAUGUUUAUUUCAGUAGUCAAGGAUUAAAAUACAUUAAGAGAUUC